UAUUGGGGUUGGAACGUGUUGAUUGAAAUUAGAGAGGCUAUCAUUUGACUUGUGGCUUCUCUCAAUAAAUAUAGCUCUAUUCUCCAAAGCCAAAAGUCUUGUGAUUGUGAAGAAACAAGGGAACCUCCCUCAGAAGCAUCUCUUGUUUUAAAAGCACCCUCUUGGAUCAUAGCAGAGUGAGAAAACAGAGAGCUUGAGAGAUGGGAAGGGCUCCUUGCUGUGACAAGGCCAACGUGAAAAGAGGGCCAUGGUCUCCUGAAGAAGAUGCCAAGUUGAAGGAGUAUAUAGAAAAAUCUGGGACUGGAGGGAAUUGGAUUGCUCUGCCUCAGAAAGCUGGUCUUAAGAGGUGUGGGAAGAGCUGCAGAUUAAGAUGGCUUAACUAUCUCAGACCCAAUAUUAAACAUGGUGAAUUCUCUGAUGAUGAAGACAGGAUAAUAUGCAGCCUCUUUGCUACCAUAGGAAGCAGGUGGUCAAUAAUAGCAGCACAGUUGCCAGGGAGGACUGACAAUGAUAUCAAGAACUACUGGAACACCAAGCUGAAGAAGAAAUUAAUGGGUGUAUUUCCUCCACCCCAGAGGAAAUCCCACCAAGUCUCAAAUGUCCUUCAAGCUUCUUCAUCAUCACCAUCAUCAUCAACAUCCACAUCAUCAUACCAAGGCAGCAGCAGCACAUACUACAACACUACCCCUCCAAGCUCUUUCACAGGUCUAGAGCCCAUUUCAUUCACAUCAACCCUUUUGAGCAGCAAUUAUUCUACUAAUGCAGCAGCUCAACUUCUCCAUGCCCACCAAAGCUACCAAGUAAAAGAUCAUAAUAAUCUGCUCAUCUUUGGAAGUGAUCAUCAAGCAGCUAGUUGCAGCUCCUCUGAUGGAAGUUCUAGCAGCCUGAAUGAAUAUGGUGCUACUGAUCUGCAGAAUUGUUUCUACAAUGUGAUUGAAGGAAACCAGAGGUUCAUGAUCUCCAAUGGUGGUGAUUUCAACGCUUGGAUUGAAAACCCAUUGGACUAUUAUGGCCCUGAGGAAAUCAAGCGGUUGAUUAGCACUGGAAGUUGCAACAACAACAACCACCUUUAUUUUGAUGAACACAAAACAGAGGAAACACUUCAAACACACUACUUCUGAUGCUGACUGUGGGUGAAAUCAGGAAAAGAUUUGAAGGGUAAAGGAAGUGAUGGGUUGAAGAUUUAGAUUUAACUUUCCAAGAAGUUUGAAGGCUCAGAUUUGCAAGUGGGGUUAAUAUGUUCUUGUCUUGUUGAUGGAAACACUUUUGAAAGUACAUGUAAAAGUUUUCCUUUGUGCAUUUCUUUUUGGGAAAUGGUGUAUGUUUUAGUACAGUUUUAGCUGCA